UUUGAGUUCCUGUAAUGUUGAAUUUAAUCUGAUCGAGGAUUUGAUUGAAUUGCAAGGAUGAGGUUGAGAAAAGGGAGCAAGGUGGAGGUUUUGAGCAGGAGGGAGGUUCCUUCAGGCUCUUGGUUCUGUGCCGAAAUCAUCUCAGGAAACGGGCGAUAUUAUAAUGUAAAGUUUGAUCCUUGUUUGCCCAAUGGAGGUUGUGAUAUGAAAAAAGUGCAGAGGAAGAAUAUUAGGCCAUGCCCUCCUUCGAUGUUUGGAUUGGGGAAUUUGGUUCCUGGUGAUACUAUUGAGGUUUUCGAGAAUAACUCUUGGAAGCCUGCGAAGAUGAUACAGGUUCUUGAUGGUGGGAACUACUUUGUCGUAGUGAUCGUUGGAUCCUCUGAAGAGCUUGAAGUUCCUAAAUCUAACAUUAGGUUACGGCUGUCUUGGAUAGGCAAUAGAUGGAUCUCGGUUGACAAGCAUGCUGAAAAUUUUACUGAAGGAAAGGUGGGGAUACAAUCCAAAGUGGGGAAAGUUAACCACCAAAGACUGCAACAAUGGGCUGGGUUGAAAAAACGCAAGGGAGAUGACAAAUGUGAUGAUGGACAUUAUCAUAUUUCUCUGAGAGGCUUGAAGAAAAGGAAGAUGGGAGCAGUCAGGAAGGAGGGAAAGCGUCAAUUACCUGAAAAGGUAGAUGCUUGUGUUUCAUCACAGGUAGAUUUUGGUGAAAAACACAUGAAUGUUUCCUUAAACAAUAGAAUGACAGGGCUUCCUGAAUCAGGCAUAUGGGGAAAUCCAAACGAAGACGUGCAUUUCUUUCUUGGAAGUUUAGAACAUAGUGAUUCUGAUAGUCAUGCAUCUUCUGUUGGUAGUUGUAGUCCUAGAAGUAGUCCAUAUAGGUCAUCUGCCCACCUUCAUUUUGAUGACGCUGAAGCUUCUAGUUGUGUGAGAAGAGAGCCUAGAGAACUUUCUGAACCAUUAACAGAGAGAGAGACUGCUGAAAUUCAUCAAUUGGAGUUAAAUGCCUACCGUUCAAUUAUAGUGGCGUUAUAUGUAUCCGGACCACUAAGCUGGGAGCGAGAAGCUUUGUUAACUAAUCUGCGUCUUAUGCUUCAUAUAACCAACGAUGAACACUUACUGGAGCUAAGACAUUUAAACAACUGUCAAAAAUGAUCAGGCUUACCUUAAGCCAAUAUUGAUAUUGUUAUAGGCGUUAUUUUGUCGAUAUUCUUUUUUCUAAUUUUUCAGUGUUGUUGUAAGAUGGGGAUGAAUUUGUGUCCACUUCCGAAGUGUCCGGUUUCUGAUUAAGAGUUCAGUAAGAGUGUGUUACAGGAAAAAUUUUGUACAUAAUUCGUUAUGAAGAAAUAAAAUAUCCUAUUCACCUCUUAUUCUUGUUACAU